GAGAUCUACCUCCGCCGCUCCCCUUGAGAGACCGAUGGCGAUGACGAUACUCAGAGAUCUUCCAAAGGAUUUGGUGGAGGAUGAGAUACUCUGCCACGUUCCGGCUAAGUAUCUGAAGCGACUGGGAUCUAUUUGCAAACAGUGGAACCGUUUAAUUAACGGUGGUGAUGGGAGGUUCGCAAGAAAGCACACUGACAAAGCCGCGAAGCAGUUUCUGGUGCUCACGAAGACCAGAGCAGACAGGAUUUGUCCGACAGUCUUCGACCUCGAGGGACCAGUUCCAUCUGUAGAGGUAAAAAGUGAGCUUAGCCUAGUCGAUUCGCAUUCUUCUCCAUUCGACAUAUAUCGAGUCUUUCACUGUGACGGAUUGCUAUUGUGCACCUCCUGGGACAGAUCUAGAUUCGUGGUUUGGAACCCGUUUACUGGUGAAACCAGGUGGUUCAGACCCAGCACUCCUAGCCAUAAAGGCUACCGCAGCUUUUUUCUCGGAUACGACAACAAAAAGAGCUACAAAGUCUUGAGCUAUAUUAUUGGUAGAAACAACAUUUUUGAAAUCUACGAGUUCAGCUCUGACUCAUGGAGGACGCUUGAUGAGGAUGAUGUCAUCCCUCCAGGCUGGACCGAUGAUCUCACUUUUCUCAAAGCUUCUUUGAAAGGAAGCACUUACUGGUUCGCUACAGAUAGAACAAAAGCGCAAUGCAAUGCAUCCUUGCUCAAGUUUGAUUAUUCAACAGAGAAAGCUGUACCGGUGCCGUUUCCCUAUCAGUGUGGCAACUUGGUAGUUGCAGGUCUUUCCGUUGUGAAAGAAGAGAAACUUUCCGUGUUAUUUCAGCGGAAUGUUACAUGCAAGACUGAGAUUUGGGUGUCAAAUAAGAUUGAUGAGACCAACCAUGUGGUGUCGUGGACAAAGGUCUUAGCUUUGGAUUUGAGCCAUGCAGAUCUUCAAAUUGAUCACGACACAAAUUUCUUGUUCGACGAGGACAAGAAAGUCGUCAUGAUUUGUGAGAAUUGGCUUGACUUGGAAGACGAGACCGAGACCAAGAACAAAGACGUGAUAUCCAUUGUUGGGGAGGAUAACAAAGUCACACAAGUGGAUUUUGGACUUGAAAUAACAGAGGGACGUCAUGUGGCUAUUCUUAAUUAUGUUCCAAGUUUGGUUCAAAUCGAGCCAGCCGGAGGCAAAAGGAAAAGAGGUGGCCUUUAGUUUUAAGUUUGUGAUGUGAACCUUGCAGGCACCAAGUAAAACUGCUCCUUGCUAGUUUCUUCGUCUAUUGUUGAGUUUCUUCAACAACUUCUUCGGAUCAAUCCUAACCUUGACCACAACCUUGUGAUUGUUCAUAUCCGUUACAAAAUGUUUCAACACCUACUUGUUGAUCAUUCAAAUUCACAAAACUCUUGGAAACAUAGAUAUAUCGUGACACCAAUCUUAUAAUAAAU